ACUGGCCGCCUCCCCCGCGCCCCCCGAGCUCCGCCGCCGCGCUCAGUCCGCCGGCGCCGAUGCUGCUGAGCGGAGCGGCCGGCUCGGAGCGCGGCGGCUGCAGCGGCGGGGCGGGGGCCGGCGGGGCCCCGCAGUGCGUGGGCACCAUGGCCCGCUGGCUCCGCGAACACCUGGGCUUCCGCAGCGCCCGGCCCGCGCCGCCCGCGCCGCCCAAGCCCGACUACCGCGCCGGGCCGCCGCCUCAGCCGCCCCUGCCGCCCGGGGGCGCGGACGAGCCGCUGGCCGCCGCCCAGCCCGACAUCGUGGCGGCCUACCGGCUGCAGAAGGAGCGCGACUUCGAGGACCCCUACAGCGGCCCGCCGCCCGCCGCCGCCCCCGACGGGCCCCGCUACGUCUCGCCCAAGCACCGGCUCAUCAAGGUGGAGGCGGUGGAAAAGGUGCCCGCCAGCCCCUCGCCGCCGCCGCCGGUGCCGGUCCCCCCCAGCUCGCCCCCGGCCGGUCCCGAGCCGCCCGAGGAGCCGCCGCAGGAGCUGGCUGUUCUGGAGGACUAUGCAGAUCCCUUUGAUGCGGCACAGGUGGCAGGUAGCCAGGCAGGGCUGGAGAAGGUGAUGGAGAAUGAUGGAUAUAUGGAGCCAUAUGAAGCCCAGAAGAUGAUGGCUGAGAUCCGCCAGAAGGGCUUACGGGAGGCUCCUGCCCGGCCGCUGCACCUCUAUGACACUCCCUAUGAGCCUGUGCUGGACAUGGACAGUGACUGCUCAGCUUGCCCCAGGCCCAGGGAGUCCCGGCUGCCCGAGGACGAUGAGCGGCCACCAGAGGAGUAUGACCAGCCCUGGGAAUGGAAGAAGGAGCGGAUCUCCAAAGCCUUUGCAGUUGAAAUCAAGGUCAUUAAAGACCUGCCAUGGCCCCCGCCGGUGGGACAGCUGGACAGCAGUGAAAGCCCCCCGGAUGGGGAGGCUGGUGCCCCCAUCCCUCCGCAGCACGGCCAGCACAGCUACGACGACGCCAAUGGUCCCUCGGAGGGGCUGGGGUACGGCCGCACCUCGCCCUGCAGGGAGGAGAAGGCCAAGGCUGUCCUCAGGCAUGGCUCCAGCAACCUCAAGAGCACAAAGACACUGACGGCUGAGCCCGGCCCCUUUGUCGGGGAGAGGAUCGACCCUGCCCUGCCCCUGGAGAGCCAGUGCUGGUACCACGGGGCCAUCAGCCGGACGGACGCGGAGACGCUGCUGAGGCUGUGCAAGGAGGCCAGUUACCUGGUGCGCAACAGCGAGACCAGCAAGAACGACUUCUCCCUCUCCCUGAAGAGCAGCCAGGGCUUCAUGCACAUGAAACUGUCACGGACACAGGAGAACAAGUACGUGCUGGGUCAGCACAGCCCGCCCUUCGACAGCGUGCCAGAGAUCAUCCAUCACUACGCCAGCCGCAAGCUGCCCAUCAAGGGGGCUGAGCACAUGUCCUUGCUGUACCCGGUGGCUAUCCGUACCCUAUAGUAAUCACCCCCACGAGCCAGGCUCAAGGCUGGCUGCACCCAAAACUGGCCCAUCCACAGGGCUGAGCGCCGCUGUGCCAGGGAUGGGCUCCAGACCGUCAGCCCAUGAGCAGCUCGCUGGGCACAGCCGGUGCUGUCGGGGAUUGCUGCAGCCGGGCCCCUUGUCCUGCUCUCCCAGGGGCUCCCAUGCACUGGUUUUGUGCUGGCGUGGCACUGGAAGGACCUCCUGUGCUAGGAGCUGAGAGGGGCUCGCCAGCUGUCCACACCUCCACACCUGCCUCCUUGCAGAGUUUGGGAUGCCAGGACUGGAGACUGGAGCUGGGACCUUGGAGAGUCCAGGGAGGGGGGCAGUGUGUGCGAGUACGGGGAUAAAUCAUCUGGUAGCAGGCUUGAGGUACCUCCAUGAGGGUGCCUAGCUCUGCCCAUGAGAGACAAAACGGCUGUGCCUGCAGGUAAGGAGGCUGGCAGGGGUGAGCAGGACCUGCCUGGGGCCAGCAAGGCAUGCAGAGUGCGAGGCAGGCUGCCCUUACUGCACUGGUGCUCAGUACUCACUGCCAUCCUUUGCCAAACGUAAACAGUGACCGGCCUUGGCCAUGUGUACAGCACCACUGCCUAAUAAAGCGGUGCAUGGUUGUCUCCUG